AUGCGUGUAGAUGUUUCUAAACAUCCAAACCAAAAAUACUAUGAUUGUAACUUCUCCUGUCAAGGGGUAAGCGCCCAAGUUGGAGACCAACAGUGUCUUGCCGUCUCGAAGAUGCAUGACAAUCUCAUCAUCAACCAAACCGAUCAUGGGCUCUUAGAAAAUCAGAAUGAACUCACCAUCGACAAGAUACACCUUAUUGCUCAACCUUCCAUCGUCCGAUCGGUCAUACAAAUACUCAAUGAGCUCUCACAAUGGCGACUUGAUCUUGAAUUAAAUCUUCGCCGGGGCUGUCACGAAGGAGAUCUAGCUGAUCAAAAGUGGUCAAGGAUAACCAGAUUAAUCAAUGACGUUGCAAAAGACAGUAGGCUUUCCGCAUGGAAGCUUGAAAACUUCCCUAUUACUGAACCUCCCGAAUGGUUUUCAAACUACCUGAAAAAAUGGUGCGCUUCCAGAACAGCAAUCAGGACGAUACAAAAAUGGUCAAGAAAUACUGUUGGUCAAAAUCAAGUCUGGAUCGCUAGUCGAUUACUGGACGCAUUCCUGGCUAAAUUCGAAUCAGAUAUGGUCAAAGAUAAGUCAUUUAACCAGUUCCUACGGUUCCCUUACCCUUAUGAACCAAUCAUCGCCCGUCAUCUUAUUCAAUUAACCAAGAGUGUGCGAUUUAUCGAACACGAUAAAUUCCAUGAUCCGGUAGAAAUAUCACCAAUUGAUAGUGACAAUUUGUUCUACGAAUGUGUCCAAUACUAUGACACUGGAACCAAAUCUGCAGCUGCUAUCAUUGACGUUUCUAUCCCGGAAAUUAAGUUUAUUAUAUGUGACCCAACUCAGACUCCUCAGUGUCGGACAACCUUUGCCUUUCGUGGAACACGUAUAUCAGCGAAAGGCGAGAACAUAAUGCUUGUUGUUAAUCAUAGUACGAUUCUAGUAUCUGGACUUAUGAGACCGGCUUAUGCUUUAAUCAAUGUUCCCAAAAUAGUUGGUAGCUUGAAGGUAGACAUGUCAUGUGACGUCGCAAUUACCAGUCAGAUAUCAGGGUUUAUUUGUGUACCUAACUUAGUUCAUUUGAUAAGUAUGUCUGGAUAUAAUAACCUACCGAUGAUAAAGCCUCAUCCAUUGCAUAAAUUGAUCCGGCGUCGUAGACGAUUGAAGAAGAGAAGUAUUCCAUUGGAAAUGAUGUGGGAUAUUCGCUUGAAAGGUAUUGGAUUAGCCUUAGGAGAUGAGAAGGCACUGAUUGUCACUAUGGGUAACGAGGCAUAUUUGCGUCCGGGGCGUCAUGCUAUCAUUUUAUUCCAAUUGUUAGAUGCGCGAUUAAAUCACCACAUACCUACAUCACAGAUCUACUUUGAAUGUAAAUGUUCAUCCCCAUUGCCGAAAGAGCGCCGAGUUCCUAUUGAGGGCAUAUUUACAUCUACGUCUUACUUCGCAAUAGAAAAAGAAGUUGCCAGAGAACCCCUGCACGCGCGAUCAACCGCCAAUCCCUCCGUUCUUACUCAGCCCAUUCUGUCAUUCGCCAUGCAGCUAAUCAAAACUGACCAAUACCUGGACCUGUCCUUCCCCAAGGCUGAUGAUGAUGUAUUCAUUUGCAUUGAGUACGGGCUACUUACCUCCGUUAUUGAUUGGAUGGACCGGAAAGACGCCCAGGAUACUGACAUAGACUACUCUGCUUCCAUCCCCACUGCUUCCUACUCUGGUCCCAUACCCACUGCUCCCGAUCUGGACGCGAGUCGGAACGACGGCGACCAUCGCAUCAUCCAAAGGGCGACUGUGGGUCGUGUGUGUCCACCCUAUUGGAAACUUCUCAAAUAUAUCUUAACUCGUUUUGGUCGAUGGACGGGGGAAACUCAGGAGACGCUGAACAUGGAGCCGGAGCGACCGGCACACAGUUGCGCGGAUUGCCUGAUAGUGAACAUGAGUCUAAACCGAUGUUGCAUCCAGUUGGAGCAUCUGUGCACACCGCUUUCGGCGCAGACGCCGAGUCCGUUAUUGUUUUCGCAAAGGAGUCGCCGCAGUCUCCAGUUGCUCUUUGAACGGAUUUGUGUUAGUGGCUCUGGGUGUCGCGCAACCUGUAUGUUCCAAGGCAAGGUAGUGGUGAGCGACAUGGCAUUACGCAGUUGGUCACGGCGCGGCUGGCUGCUGGUCUUAAGCACGUUGCGACCCACGGCGCCGUGGUGGGCAAAGGUCCCACAACCUUCGGCGGCUGAGCGACGUUGGAGUCGUGCGUCUAGUCCCACACACUCGGACGUGGCGUUCGACAGGCUACAUACAAAACAACCUAGGCCCGAAACCUGUCCGUGUCAGACCAAUGGCGGCUUCGACCUCUGCAGCAACGUUUAUUCAAUUGGCUUGCGACGACGUGCGCUGGAAAGUCGUCGGGGUGCGCCGGUGACCAGUGCGGAGUUACUGGAGUAUUACGAGCAGAAGUUGUCCGCGCCGAAUUUUUUGGAGCUGCGUCUCAGUGCGUACGAGCCGCGCAUUCCGGACUUGGUGUUGGACCAAUUCGGUUUGCUAGCCGAGUAUGCAGAUGUGAGUGUUGACUUGCAGCUGAACCGUGGGGUCUCGCUUAACUGGGAGAAGUCGACCUUCACGGCGCUGCUGGUCUUCCAUGAGUUUCUCAAAACGCGCCCUUUCAAACGGAAAAUGGAACAAUAUUGUGCCGCGCUUGACCAGUUCGUCUUUCCCGACCCGCUGGCGGGCAUCCGGGAACGCAUGACCGCGGUGCCGAAACCGCCCGCGCCUUCCCCGCCCGUAGGCGGACAGGCCACCGGUGUGCCGGUGAUGGCGGCGCCGCCCGUGCGGCCGCCACGCGGGCCGCAGAUUGUGGAGAGCUCGUCCUCGACAGCCAGCGCGGAAGACGUCCUAGGCGCGGGGGACGAAGAGAAGUUGGCGAACGGCGCCUUGGCGAACCAACUGCUUUGCUCGCGCGAAGAGUGGAACGCCAAAAACCGUUCGGCACACCCCUGGGUAACGCGUGAGGGUGUCGUACUCAAGGCGAGGCGACAGGCCUGGCUACACUUUGCCGCAGACAUCCCCGUCCGCUGCACUCUCAUGAUGGACGCAAACCCGGCAUUCAUCGCCAUCUUCGAAGAUCUACGCGCCUCCGCCGCCAUAGACGCCACCGGCCUCGACCUCGGCGCCGACCUACGCUGUCUCGAGUGCUUCGACGUACGAUCUUUCGCGCUCAACCACCUCUCUUCCGAGUCCCACGUCCGCUGGAUCCACGAACUCCGCGGCGGCCGCCACGACUCAGCCCCCAGCCACAGCGCACCCCCCGUCCUCGUCUCCUCGCGCGGCCUCCUUCACUCGCCCCGCGCCGACGACGACUCCUCCUGCUUCGAACUGGGGCUCCAUCCUGGCGCCGACCCCGACCACCGGGGUAGCUCCAGCUCUAGCCCCAGCGACGCACCACCCAGCGACGACGACAGCACUUCCUCCCGCUGUGCCCCGCUCUCUGCCAGACCCUUCGAACUACAAAUGGCCGCCGUCUUGCGCCCUGCCGAAGGCACUACGGAGGACGUGCGGCCCGCCUGCCGCAAAAACGACAGCCCCCGGAGCGGCGGUAGUCCCAGGAGCGGCGGCAACAACAGCGCCGCUCCGCCGCCUCUCGCCCUGCACUCGGGCACGUCGAGCUCGGGAAGCGGCGUCGCCCCUGUCUCGGGCACAGCCCUAGUCUCAGGCAUUCCUUUCGGGUCUCGCGCGGCCCGGCUCGCCUCCUCCCAGAACACCGAAUCAGCGCUUGUCUCAUCCCAGAACAGCGGCUCGCAAGCCGCGGGCUCGCAAACGACUGGCUCUCAGAUCAAUGGCGCCCAUACCAAUGAGGUUCAGGACACUGGCUCCCAAGUUGCUGACGCCCAGGCCUCUGGAACCCAGACCUACGGAGCCCGGGUCUCUGGGACCCCGGCCCCGGCUCCGGUGUCUGGCUCGCAGAUUACGGGAUCUUCUUUGAGAACGGCGUCUUCGGAGAUGGAACCCGCUUUUCCGUCGACUCAGUCGCUGUCUGUGCCUAUGAGUCGAGAAGGCCAAUCGUCCAAGACAUUCGGCAGCCUCCAGGACAUUCCG